AAGGGUGAAGGUGUAGGAUGAAGACUGCAGAGAGCGAGGUCCCUGACGCACACUUCACUGUGGACAAACAGAAUAUCUCCCUCUGGCCUCGAGAGCCUCCUCCCAAGACGGGUUCAUCUCUGGUUCUGAGGAAAAUGUGCACAGUCCGUGCUGCUGUAAUUCUCCUGACGCUGGUCCUGCUCGCCUCUGUCCUGCUGCAAGCCGUCUUCUAUCCCUGGUUUAUGAGCGCGCUGUCAGACGGAAAGACCAACGCGCAGUUGCUGAAAGCUCGUGUGGCCAACAUCAGCUCCCUGAGUUCUGAAAUUAAGAGGAACAGAGGCGGCGUGGAAGCAGCUGGCGUUCAGGUCCAGAUGGUGAAUGCUAGCCUGGGUCGCGUGCAUUCUUAUAUCCGGAGGUUGGAAACUAGUGUGAAAGAAGCCAAUGCACGGAUCCAGAUAUUAACAAAAAGUUGGGAGGAUGUCGAUAAUUUAAACACCCGAAUCCCAGAGUUAAAGAGAGAUUUGGAUAAAGCCAGUGUUUUAAAUGAGAAGGUCCGGGGACUCCAGAGCAGUUUGGAGAAUAUCAGAAAGUCGCUCAAACAGCAAAAUGACAUUAUACAGAUGGUUUCUCAAGGCUGGAAGUACUUCAGGGGGAACUUUUAUUACUUUUCUCGUGUCUCAAAGACCUGGUACAGUGCCGAGCAGUUCUGUACAUACAGGGAUUCACACCUGACCUCAGUGACCUCAGAGAGUGAACAGGAGUUUCUGUACAAAACAGCUGGUGGACUUAUCCACUGGAUUGGCCUGACCAAAGCAGGGAGUGAGGGGACCUGGAAAUGGGUGGAUGAUACCCCCUUCGACAAGGUCCUGAGUAGGAGGUUCUGGAUUCCAGGUGAGCCCAACAAUUAUGGGCACAAUGAACACUGUACCAAUUUGAAGAUGCCCUCUCUUCAGUCAUGGAAUGAUGCCCCCUGUGACACAGGUUUCCUUUUCAUCUGUAAACGGCCCUAUAAGCCAUCAGAACCCUGACAGGACUGGCUCCCAAGCUGGCACUUUGAGCUCUAGCGCUUGAUGAACUCAAGGAAAUGCUGCUCUGUCCUCCAUACGCCUGGGUGACUUUGCACCUUGAUUUUGCUUGCUUCAAAAUUGUCGCAAAGGCAUCCUGGAAUCUGUCUGCCUCGGCUGGGCGUUCUCCGACCCCACAGAGGUAGCUUCAAUGGAAAGGAGACCUCAGGUUAAAAUGGGAGUGGAGGGUGGAGAGGAUUUAGAAGUCCAAACUGCCUCAGUAAGGUGGAUCAGGACUCAUAAUUUGGGGCAACACCCUGGGGUUUCUCGUUCCUUCAGAGAAGCCUCAAUUUCAUCACAUGAAAGUUGCGUCAGACACCCAAGCAAUUCUGAUACAUACUCAGUGCUUUUCUGGUCUAUGCCCCCGUAUUCCCAGUUGCCUGCUUAGAUGGCCAUGUUCUCAGUGGGAAGAGCUCUGCUCUUAGUGACCCUGUGCAUGCCAUGUCCCCUUCAUCCUCUUCAUCCGCAUCCUCUGAGGUCUGAACUUCCUCUUUCCCUGGAUGGGGUCAGGAAACCCAUCUCGUUUAGAGCUGGACCAGCAUCUGGGCUGUUUCUCCCUCCCCCUCACUCCGUAACCUGUGAGGCCCAGCAAGCCCCACUCCCACUCCAGCCUCACCACCCUGCA